GGCUCAGUUUCCAGUACGUGCCCGGUCAGCUCAGUUGUCAUCUCUGUGCCCACAUUAAAACAUGGCAGGAAAUAAGUCCUACACAAUAGUAGAAUAUUUCGGUGGGGGCGACGGGUACCGCUGCGGCUACUGUAAAAAUGAAAAGGGAAACUUCUCUCAUGGGAUGUGGUCUCACACCAUGACGGUACAAGACUACCAAGACCUCAUAGAUCGAGGAUGGAGAAGAAGUGGGAAAUAUGUUUAUAAGCCCAUAUUAAAGAAGACAUGCUGUCCGCAGUAUACCAUAAGAUGUCAUGCUCUGAAAUUCCAGCCUUCCAAAUCCCACAAGAAAAUCCUGAAGAAGAUGAACAAAUUCCUCUCCCAAGGGGAGUUGCCAAAAGGACAAGUUGAUGGGGAGCCAAUGGACUCGGCCUGUGAAGGUCCACUGGAACCGAGUAAAGUCUGUUCCUCGGAGGUGAAGUGUGCUGCUAUCUCAGAUAUGAAGGAAGAAGCAGGAGAGCGUCCCACCAUCCCUGGAGAUAAGAAGAAGGAGGUGGUGGACGCUGCACCUGUGGGCUCGGAAACUUCAAAGAAGGAUACGUCGUCUGCACCAAAUGCUAGAACAGCUGCAGGGGCUCCAAAACCAGGGAUGGGAGCGGAUCCCAGCCGACCACCGUGCAGGAAGGCCAAAGACUUAAGAAAGGAGAGACGCCUUCAGAAGGAGCAGAUGAGACACCACGGUGACGGGGUUCCUUCCAGUGUUACUCCUACCCAGCCCACUCCAGCCCAGAACAGCCAACCCAAAACGCUGGAAGAGUUAAUCAAUGAGUCACUGCCUGAUGACUCUUCCCAUAGCCUUGAGGUGAGGCUAGUGCGCUCCAAUCCCCCUAGCCCGCAGUUCAAAGCCUCUUUCGACGCCUCCUACCAGGUGUACAAACUCUACCAGAUGGCCAUUCACAAGGACCCUCCUGACAAACCCUCCGAGAGCCAGGUGAGGCUAGUGCCGGUGAACUUUGAGGACCCUCAGUUCAAAGCUUCCUAUGAGCAGUCGGUGGCGCUGUAUGCCCGCUACCAGAUGGCCAUUCAUGGUGACAGCCCCAGCGAUUGUUGUGAGAGCGAGUUCCGGAGAUUUCUCUGUGAUUCACCACUAGAGCCAGAAUCUGCUCCAGAUGGGCCAGAGGUGGGCUACGGCUCCUUCCACCAGCAGUACUGGCUGGACGGGCGCAUCGUGGCGGUGGGGGUGAUCGACAUCCUGCCCACCUGCGUGUCCUCCGUCUACCUGUACUACCACCCAGAGUUUGCCUCGCUGUCUCUGGGGUCCUACUCUGCUCUCAGGGAGAUCACUUUCACCAGGCAGCUGCAGAAACAGUCCCCCAAGCUGUCCUACUACUACCUGGGCUUUUAUAUUCACUCCUGCCCCAAGAUGCGGUACAAGGGGCAGUACCGGCCUUCAGACCUCUUAUGCCCAGAAACCUACGUCUGGUUACCAAUCGAGCGAUGUAUACCCCUCCUUGAGAAAUCCCGUUACACUCGCUUCAACCAGGAUCCUGAUGAAGGAGAUGCUCGGGCGCUGAAGGAUGUGGGCAGAGCUCUGGUGCUACACAGACGGACCGUCAUGCCCUACGCAGCCUACUCCCGCAAACGCAGGGGCUCCAGCGACGAGUCGGAGGUGCAGCAGUACGCCGGCCUGGUUGGCCAGGACUGUGCUGAGAGGAUUUUGCUGUAUCGCUCCUAAACGCGCUGCGUCGUACCACUUGCACCUUUUACUCCACCUAAAAACACUCUACUCAACAGUGUCUAUGUGUUUCUGUGUGUGUCCGUGUCUCCUCACCGUCUAAAGAAAGUGCUUUCUUGUAGUCUCACAUGGCUUAGCUCUACACAUGCGGAAAAAAAUGCAGUGGCUACUAUCACUAUCUACUGUAUGCGUGUACCCAUUCACCCACUGGCCUCAUUCACAUAUUACUACAGCAUUUUAUUAGUCAGUGUAUCCUGCAGCUUUCAGACUGCCUAUUGUUUUGCUAAUUUCCUCUCAACUUGCAACAGGGACCAGUCGUUUCAAUCUUGUUUUCAUUUAUCUGUCGCUUGGAUUUUAUUUCAGCUUCCAUAUUGCUGUUAUGUAAGAGCAUCCGACUACACGCAGGUGGCGGCUUUCAUCUCAGCCGUCACAACUUUGGGUUUCUGUCAGCAUAAGAAACGAAGAGCAUGUUCUUUACUUGACUGUUCUGUGAUUAUGAAGGUGUUUUUCAUUACACUAUAUCCCAAAGCACUGUUUUAAUUUUCUUGGUUUAUAGUUGUGUGUGUUUUUCUUUGCAACGAUGACAUUAUUACAUUUGGUUAAACCAAAUAAAGGAGUUGUGUAAUCUC